CCACCUAGGCAGUUAGCACCACCACACAGUUACAAUUACCAAUCCGAGUGACCACCGCCAAGCCAGUCCACCGCCGCGCUCUUUCCGGUAACCGCUGCUACUGCCUCGUCCAGUGACUGUUACUGCCACCCCCUACCCCUUCCUAGCCACCUCUCCGGCCAGCCUUCCAAGCCCCAGGACACCGCUACUUCCCAUCCCAUUUCAACGCCGUCACUGCUUUACCCUCACAUCCACCCUCCAGCAACCACACGCUACUGUCCCACCCUGCAACCGCUGCAUCACAAUCCUCAAUCCAGCUGGCAUAGAAACAGACCAUCCGCCUCACCGUAAAUCAGAAACCAGCACCGACACACAAACCCUAGCCAAUAUAGACCAUCGCAGAGGAAAUCGAAUCGAAGAAGAGGGAUUGAAAUAGCAGAACAGGGAAUGAAAUCGCUAAGCUUCGUCGGUCACCAAUGGAUUAGGCGAAAGAAAAUUCCGGAAGAGUAUGUGAGAAAAUGUGGAAAGAAAAUGCCGAAGGUGGGAUCUUUUGAGGUUCCAACAGGGGAAGUUUGGGAAAUCGAGCUGGUUCAUUCCCAAGGUCAAGUUUGUCUAGCCAAGGGAUGGAAAGAGUUCACUCGGAAAUACUCAAUAAGAGAGGGCUACUUUCUGGUAUUCAGAUAUGAUGGAGAAUCCCAUUUUCAUGUCAUCAUAUUCGACAAGAGUGCUACUGAAAUAGAAUAUCCACAAUUCAAAACUCAUGAUGAUGAUGGUGACGCUGCCAGAUUCAAAGCCGCCUGCAAUUCCGAGUCUGACUCUGAUGAUGAUGAGAUUUUCCAGGAAGAAAUGGAAACAGAAUGCGGACUAAACAAGAGAAAGAGGAAAGAAAGAUUUGGAUCCGAAGUUGGUGACGUCAACAGAUUGAAUUACAGUGUGAAUGUGGAAGAGUCACUCCACCAUGUACAUGAGAGCUCACCUUCUCUGAAUCCUAAAAACCUGAGUGUUGAAGCAUACAAGAAGUAUAAAUGGAGAUCGGUUAGGAAGGUAACCAAUGCCAUUGAAAGAGCAAAAUCUUUUCGGUCAAAGAAUCCAUUUUACAUUUCCGUCAUGUACCGGUCUUAUAUUUCCUCCCCAUAUACAUUAGUAAGUGCCUUUUUCCAUACGGAUGUCUUGCAAGAUCUUUAGUGCCCAUUUGGUAACUAAAUAAGGGAUUGAAUUUGCUGGAUUGGAUGAAAUUAUGGCAGAAGUGACUGAAUCUGCUACAUUAUAGAAAAAUUAUAGGUAGUAUUUAAAAUAUAAUUUACUAAAAAAUAAAGCCAAAAAUGUAACUCGAACCUUACUCAUUUUGAUUAUUACACAAUUUAACACGCAAAAUAAAAAAUUACGUGUUGGUAAUUGGUAAAAAAGUUGACUGAUAAAGUUAAUAAGUUAAAAAUAAGGAAUUACCAAAUGGGCUGAUCUACUAACGCUUGUUGUUUUUUCAGAGCAUUCCCUUGCAAUUUGUUAAGAACCUCUUUACUUCAAAGCAUAAUGAUUUGCAUACUGAUAUAUUGCUAAUUUCGAGUGGGAGAUCAUGGUCCGCCAAAUGCACCCUAGGUAGGUCAGCUUGUGUCAAGAUCAAUGGAUGGAGGGACUUCGUGUUAGACAACAACCUGAAAAUUGGUGAUGUUUGCAUCUUAGAGGGUUUGAAAGGCGGAAGCCCAUUGAUCUUCAACGUCAUAAUAUUUCGGGCAGAUUAAUGAUGCACAGUCCGGUAAUUAAAAAAUAUUGGCCUGACUCUUCAGCAAACCGGGCAUACGAGUCAUAUGCAGAGUUCAUUUUUUUGAUGUUUUAUUCCACUUUUAGUCCUAGGAGUUUUAUGUCAAUUCAACAUUUAAUUCACGUUUUGUAUUUUGUCCACGUUUGGUAUUUGACUAAUCGUUGUUUGACCAUUUUGAUCCUUCCGUUCAAUUCUCCGACACUUCUCCAUUGAUUUUAAUCAUCAGAAAUAUGAACGGAAGGAUCAUAUAUGGGAAAAAAAUAUUCAUGUAUCACAAGUGUUCAAAAUCAAAGACGUAAACUAAUUGUGAAAUUGAUAUGAUACUCAUAAGAUCAAGAGUGAAAUUUAUUCUUUUUAGGCCACCCCUAACUACGAAGAAUAAAGAGAUGAGAUCUUUUAUAUCACAUCUUUUGUCCCAUAAUAUCUUUUCUUGAAGAUUGACAUAUGUUCUUACCAAUACAUAUAUGUAUAGUGCUUUUAA